AUGACUGAUGAUAAUUUUGAUGACUGCACAGGAAUAGGAAUGGCGAACAAGAUUGCAAUGCUUCUCUCGGAAGCGAUGAACAGCAAUGCAGUGAUAAACACGUGUCUGGGAGUAUCCUUUGUGGUUUUGGGAUUGAGAUCUGAUAAACAGCAAAAGUAUGUGGAGGCCUUACAGGAGCAGAAGGAGUCACUCUUCAAGUCUAACAAGGAAAUGAAAGUCACAAUGUGGGAGUGGAAACAGCAACUCUUUGCUGAAGCCGCCUCUGCUGGUAAUUCCGCUGUUGUUCCUCUUUCCACUCUUAAGGCCAUCUAUGGCGAAGUCACCACAACCACUCAGCCUGGUGAUGCAGUCAAGGAAGAGGCUAAAGUGUCUGCACCGAGGAUCAUGGUUUGA